AUGGAGGAAUUAUAUGAAUCAGUCAAAGAUGUUGUUCUGUCCAUUAAAUCUUGGCUGCAGCACUUGGCAAAUAAUGUUACAAAGACCAGAGUAUUGAUACGUAAGGAGGAAAAGACCCUAACAGACAUGGGCAUUCCUUGUAUAGUCAGGAAACAAUCACAUGUAUGUUUCGUGACUUGGAAAAAACCAAUUGCUGAGAGAGUAAAGAUAAAUGUAGAUGGAAGUAGCUUGGGUAACCCAGACCAAGCAGGUGGAGGAGAAGUGAUUCGUAACGAAAAAGGGAUGGUGCUGGCAGCAUUUGCCACUAAUUUUGGGAUAGAGUCGAAUAAUGAAGCUGAGCUGAGAGCUACUAUUGAGGGACUUAAACUUUGCCAACAUAUAGGAGCUUUUCAUGUUGAUCUUGAAUGUGAUUCCAAGAUUGUUGUAGAUUGGAUGUUGAAACUCAAGUGCACAGUUUGGUACUUGUGGGAUUUUGGGGAGAAGUUAUUGAAUUUAAUGAGUUUAUUUGAAAUUCAGGUUUCACACUAG